AUCGAAACCGAACGCAAUGGCUAAACUGUAUCACUUGUUCGCAGUUUUCUGUGUUAGUAUUCUUCUCGCCCUGGGCCAGGAUUUAAGUUGUAUUGAUCCGGGAUGUAGUACAGAGGAAGACCGCGCCAUACUGUGGCCCUUCGAGGAUCCCAAUUUCUUCCUCCAAUGCGAGGAAUCACCGUGGGAGCUUGUGAGAAGACCCUGCAUGGACAAGCUGCUGUUCGACUUCCAGCGCCAAGAAUGUGUUGAUCCCUACAAGUGGGAACCGCCAUGCCCAGGAGAGGAGCUUCUACCGCAAUGUCCGCGGGUAGUGUGUAGAACGCCGCACGAUCAGCGCAGAUUGUGGCCUCACGAAGAUCCCAGCAAUUUUCUGCAGUGUGUUCCGGCUCCCCGAGGUGGCAUGGAAGCUCUCACGAGAGAGUGCAACGCGGGUACGUUGUUCAGCUGGACUCUCCAGCGGUGCCUGGAAGCCGAACUGUGGGAACGGGAUUGUACUUUCGAGGAUACAACCACCGAAACUACGGAAGAGACAACGGAGGAAACCACAGAGGGAACAACCACUCCUGGGACUACGGCCGAACCAGAGCGAGGUAUUUGUCCAGUACCUAUCUGCGCAGUUCAGGAUCCUAGGCUUUAUCCGCAUACGGAUUGGACAUUAUACUAUGCGUGUAUUCCGGAUGUUAACGGAUUCUGGGUACCACUUGAGAGGCCAUGCGGUGCCGGAACCUUUUUCCACUUUGGGCGCCAGUUGUGUGUUUUCAUGGUGGACUGGGAAGAUUUUUGCCUUUAGAAAAUAAAAACUGUUUGUCAAGCAUUUUA